UCAGUUGUGACAUUUAUUUUUAAUUGUGUAUCACAAUUUCCUUUCCCUUUGGAACAAACCAUUGGCCUUCAUAAUGUCUUCUGAUUCAUCUAGUUGUUCGCUGCAAGGCCAAUCUCCGACCAUUCAUCAAGAAGAACCAGACGAGGACUCGACUUCUCUAGAAAGUAAGACUGAUGUGCAGCCACCUGAAGCAGACUGCAAACCUACAAUGUUACAGGAGAAAGGCCAUGAUACUGAAAUUCGUGAGGGACACAUGAAUGUUUCUCCAGAGAAUUGUGAUGAUACACCCACAGAGACCACUUGCAGGAGUGAGAAUGGUUCACCUAACCAUUGUGACGUCAACAUCUCCCCAAGACAGUCUCCGAACCUUAGUUCAUCGAGUGGAAGUGCAAAUGCAAAUACUCCAGCAAGUGAAACGAGCAUAGAUGUGGCUGAUAACAUGAUCAGCAUCCACCACCUUGGUAACGCAUCUUCUGUAAGUUCCGUCGACCCGCAGCUUCCCACACCACCAAGUCAAUUCACGGUGUCAUCUCUCGUAGGUUUAGGCACCACUAGCAUCAGCAACCCCAGCGGGAUCAUCAACCCCACCACCGGAAAGGCGCAAUCAGUCCACCCCGGCCGAGCAGCGGUGCGAGGUGAGCGAGGACUGGACAUUCCAUGCCAAGUGUGCGGGGACAGGAGUUCAGGGCGCCACUAUGGCGUGUACAGCUGCGAUGGAUGCCGUGGGUUCUUCAAGCGGAGCGUGAGGCGAAACCUGGCCUAUGUCUGUCGGGAUGGCGGCCGGUGUAUCGUCAAUGUCCCAAGGAGGAACCAGUGCCAGGCCUGCAGGUAUCGGAAAUGCCUUGCUGUCAACAUGAACCGAGAUGCCGUACAGCACGAGCGGGCCCCUCGAUGUUUCGCUCGCCCCUACAACAUUCCCGUUACCCAUUCCCACAGCUCACCUAUGGAAGAUAGUAGCUCGUCAGCGAAAUCCAGCUUCCAAGUCCCCAGAAUACCAUCGCUUGCCGAGCACCAACGUCCCAUGAUGCCUUUCGCACCGGAGCAGCCGUCUUGUUUCGUUCCCGUCGUGCCAGAUUACAUGUCUCGACUCCCGCCAAAACUGACCAAUCAAGUUGCAGGAAUGUUCGGACCUCCGACAACACUAACCAAUCAGCAGGUUCAUUUGCCUCACCUCAUGGACGUACAGCGGUUAGCAACGGGUACCUGUGCGACCAAGGACAACAUGUCGGAGAAACAGGAUAGCAAGCCCACCUAUCUACCACUUCCGGGGUCAUCCAUCAUUCACCCUUACUCCGUCUCGCCCAAUAGGAACACGCCAUUGACAUCACAUGACCUCCUGUACGAGGGGGCCGCGCGUCUGCUGUUCAUGACGGUGAAGUGGGCGCGGGGUAUGCCGGCGUUCUUGACCCUCCCGUUCAGCGAUCAGGCCAUCUUACUGGAGGAGUCGUGGGGAGAACUCUUCGUCCUGGGGGCCUGCCAGUGGUCACUUUCUGCAGAAUGCGGGCAGCUAGUCAGCGCGGAGACGCUCAACUCGCUAAAGAAAGACCAAUCAGAUACGUCAAUUCAGCAUGACGUCAGAAUCCUGCAAGACAUCGUGUGCCGAGUGAGGGAGCUACAGGCAGACCCGAUGGAAUUCGCAUGCCUCAAAGCUUUGACCUUGUUUAGACCAGAUUCUCGGGGUCUUCGUGAAGUGAUGACAGUCGAGAGACUACAGGACGAGACACAACUCACUUUAGCUGAAUAUAACCAUGCUCACUACUUGACGCAGAGGGCACGCUUUGGAAAAUUGCUCUUGCUUCUACCCUCUGUACGCAGUGUGCGCUCCAAGACCCUUGAGAACCUGUACUUUCAUCGAACCAUUGGAAGCGUCCCGAUCGAGCGUCUACUCUGCGACAUGUUCAAGUCAUGUUAGCAAGUCUCUGGGAAACACGAUCGAGCGUCUUCUCUGCGACAUGUUCAAGUCAUGUUCAAUCAUCCUGACGUGUGACGUAAUCCGAACAUGAGUUCUAUGGGAUUGCUCUUGAAUUAAUUUUAUUUAAGAGUUGCGUUGCAUGCGAUCAUGUUGUUUAAGGAGAGUAUAACAAUCAAAACUUUCUGUCGGUCAUUCGAAAAAAAUUCAAGUCUUAUCAGCAAAUCGGAGAGAAAAAUUGGUGCACAUGACUUGUUCUUGCUGUUGUUUUUGCAUGUUCUUCUUCUUCUUCCUUUUGAGUACAGACCUCUUUUACAGAGUAUUAUCGUACUAUAUACUG